UGUCAGGCUUACAAAGUGGCUUUGGAGAGUUUAGGCCAUUGUGAAUAUGCGCUGAAGGCUGGCUUCCACUUGAACCCAAAAGCUAUUGAAGCAAGUCUUCAGGGUUGUUGCAGUGAAGCUGAAGCCCAGCAAACAGGAAGGAGACAGACUCCUCCUCAGCCCAUUCAGUCUGAACUGCCCACUGUUCCUGUUCAAAUAGGAUCACAUUUUCUGAAAGGAAUAUCCUUUAAUGAGUCUGCAGCAGAAAACCUAAAGCUGAAAACGCAUGCGAUGCUGCAGUUGAUUAAGGAAGCCGGAUGCCAUAAUGGACUUACACCAUGGGAUGACUCUCCUGUUACUGAAGUACUAAAUCAGGUUUGCCCUUCCACUUGGCGAGGAGCCUGCAAAACUGCCGUACAAUUGUUGUUUGGCCAAGCUGGACUGGUGGUUGUGGACACAGCACAGAUUGAAAAUAAAGAAACUUAUGCUCCUCAGAUAAGUUUAGAAGGAUCCAGAAUUGUGGUGCAAGUUCCAUCAACUUGGUGUCUGAAAGAAGAUCCAGCAACAAUGUCUCUGCUACAGAGGAGUCUGGAUCCAGAGAAGACUUUGGGGCUAGUAGAUGUGCUCUACACUGCUGUAUUCGACAUACACAGGUGGAAGGAAGGAAGGGAGCAAGCUUUGCCUUGUAUUCAGAUCCAGUUACAGCGUGAAAUCUUAGGCUUUGGGAAUCAAGUUGACACGCCUUCUGGAAAUGGAAGCAAAUCUUCAGGUGGUCUGCAAAAGACAUUCUCAAAACUGACUUCACGGUUUACAAAAAAAACUUCCUGCACCAGUACAAGUAAUAUUGGAAGUUACUCAAUCCCCAAUACAUCUUCCAAAAAUGUCUUCAUAAGUUUCAACACGGAGGAGAAAGCUAAAAUGCUCACUAACAUAGACGCACGGUUACAAAGCAUCUUGAAUACUGGUAAUUUCCCUAGGACUGCAGAUCCACUGCAGUCAGUUCAGAACACAAAUAACCAGCUAGUGAAUGGGUGUCUAGUUCAAAGAUGGGACAAUUUCUUCAAACUGGAUGAUAGCAAGGAUGACAAAGUUAUGAAUUUACCAACUGACCAAGAAAUGCAGGAUGUUAUAGAUUUCUUGUCUGGUUUUAACAUGGACAAAUCCCAGCAGACUUCUCCGAUGGUGAAAAGAAGGAACUCUGCAUCCUCUACAGCAACAGAACAAAAAUCAGGAACAGUACAACAGCAACCGCAGUCUGUUUCUCACUCACCACUGCAUCCUUCCCAGCAAGGCUUGUCACAGCAACAACAAUCACAAAAGCAGCAGCAGCAAAUGCAGUAUUACCAACACUUGCUUCAACCCAUUGGACCACAGCAACAUGUACCUGCCAAAUGGCUAACUAAUUCCUUGAAGCAGCCAGCCCAAGCUGUUGGAGCUGGACUGUCUCAUAUACACCAGUGGAACAAUCCUGGUUUUUCAGAUUUAAGCUCUGAUUUGUACAGCUUGGGUCUUGUGAGCAGCUAUAUGGACAAUAUGAUGUCAGAGAAGUUAGGACAGAAACCACAAGGACCUAGAAAUAACACGUGGCCAAAUCGUGACCAAACUGAUGGAGUGUUUGGGAUGCUGGGAGAAAUCCUGCCUUUUGACUCUGCAGUUGGCUCUGACCCAGAAUUUGCCUGCUAUGUUGCUGGGGUCAACCAGGCUAUGCAACAGAAAAGGCAAGCACAGCAUGUCCAUCGCCCAAGCAACACACGUAACAACUGGCCUCUCCUUGAUGAUCCUCAUAAAACCUGGCCCUUUCCAGAGUAUUUCACAGAAGGUGAUGUGACAAAUAGCUGGUCUGGUACUCAAGGAGACUCUGCCAGCUCAGGCGAUGAGACCUCCUCAGCUAAUGGAGACAGUUUAUUCUCCAUGUUCUCAGGACCAGACCUUAUUGCUGCUGUGAAGCAGAGAAGAAAACACAGUAGUGGCGAGCAGGUACCUAGUGCAUUACCAUCAGCAACUCUUCUUUCUGCAGCAGAUGACCGCAAUCAGGAUAAGAAGACCAAGACCUGGCCUCCCAAGGCACCCUGGCAACAUCCAUCCUCUGUCAUGAACACGCUACCCAGUCAGAAUACACCUUUGUAUCCCAUGAGCAGCCCUAUCAACCAGUGGAGCGACACCAUGCAUAUCCUGCAGACACCCACGUGGGCAGCAGCCAAUGACUGUGCUCAAGCAGCAGGGCUUUCCUCUAACUUUGCUUAUGUACAGCAGCAGCAGCAGUCACAGCAGGCUUCCCAGCAAAAACAAAUGAAUAAGGGCUUUAAAACUUUCCCAGGGAAGCAUGAACGCAGACCAUCUUGCCUGCAUCAGUACUGACUACUUCUCAUGACGGGAAAUGCAGCACAGGGCCAAACAUAAAUUACUGGUACUUUGUUUCACAAUUGUGUAUUGGUUAUAUCCUGUUUAUCUCAUUAAAUAUGGAACUGAGGGGGUUUGGGUGAGAUAUGCCAAGUCUUGAAUUCUGAUUUACAGAGAGCUGAGCAAAUAUGACCAAUAUGCUUGUUUGAUAUACAGGAAGCAGCCCAAAACUGUGAUGUAGAAAUGCUUUUAAAAACAUGUAUAUUUCCAUUGCCUUUACUUUCAAAAGUUGGUCGGGUUUUUUUGGUUGGUUUUUUGUUUGUUUUGUUUUAAGUGCUGAAGGACUACCAUACAGGAAAGACUAUAUUUUAUAACUAUUUUUCAUAUAGAUUUAUAAUUAAACAUCUUACUGAAACACAUUGAAUAUGUUGAAGCAAAUAUAUAAUGGUAACUUUGCUCAACACUGUAUUUAAAUUUAUAAUGGCCAAGCUGUAAAGCCUUUGUAUUCUCCAUAAAUGGUUGUGGGCAGCUCUUUUUAAAUGAAGUG